CCUUUUCUUCAAAGUAAGAUAUGAAUGUUAAUUUGCCUGCCUACACCAUCCUGGAGGAGGGAGUUUUUCCUCCUCUCCUAUGAACUAUAUUUUUAACACAAUACAUCGAUCGGCCGAAAUUAAAAUUUUGUGAAAUUAUCCACAUAUUUGCUAUAUAUUAUUCUCCGGGCAGGCAGGGUAGGGAUGGGUUGUGUUAGCUUUAGAUUCUGGGAUGAUUGUGUAAAUCUCCUAGACUUGGAAGCAAUGUGGAUGGACCCUAAUGUCUCUGCGGAAUGGGUUAGUGUUGGCGAGACCAAAGGAUCAAAAGUUCAUCUAUCCCGCAAUCCUGAUGGUCAGCCUUACUUGACACAGACCGAGAUGAAGGCUGUAUCGAGUAUUAUUGUUGGAAGGCAUUUUGUUUCGCAGAUAGAUUCGGACAUGCUUUGUGCAAUUGCUGAACUUGAAAGUGGCAAGCAGCCACUUGCUAUGCAGUACAACAAAAAGACAAAAGAAGUUACUAUGGGACUCAUGCAGCUCUCGCAGAAAACUGCCGAGUGGAUAGUCAGUGAAAUGGGGUUCCGGAUAUAUGACGUGGCAGAGAACUCAACAAUGUUGUACAAGCCUUUUGUUAAUGUGUAUCUUGGUGCUGCAUAUCUUAAGUGGCUGUCAUGUCAUGAUCAAAAAGAAAGAAGUGAAGAAUUUAUGGUCAGGGCAUACAAGGGCGGUGUUAAGAAGGCAGCUCACAAGUCAACUUUAGGGUAUUGGAAACGAUACCUUUCUGUCAAGGAAAGCCUUCCAUCCAGGAAAAUCUUUGAAGUUAAUCCUUUGCCUUAUGCUCCUUCAACAUCUGCUGCUGGAUCAGAAAAAAAAGGUACUUGGGAUUCUCGAGCUUCAGUCCAAGACAUGGAAGCAAUGUGGAAUCAUCCUAGUGUGAGUAAAGAAUGGAACAAGACAGGGGAGAAGAGAGGAAAAGUCCGAUUUUCUCUUGACAAUGAGACAAGACCUUAUCUUUCCAGGGUUGAACUCAAGGCAGUUUCAGAAGUCAUUAUUGGCAAGCACUUCAGUAACACAGGAAUAAAGCCUACUGUUUUGUGUGCUAUUGCGGAGACUGUGUGCAUGCGUUAUGUAAAUGGAAUUGGGCAACGCAUUGGAUUAAUGGGAAUUGACUACCCCACAGCACACUGGCUUUACAAGGACUUGGGCUACAAGGUUUAUGUUGUGGAGUCAGUUGAGGAUCUUAGAAAGCCAUUUGAAUCCAUGUACUUCGGUGCAGCCUACUUGGCCUGGUUAUCACAAUACGAUAGAAGGCAAAGGAGUCCAGAGUUUAUUGUUCAGGCUUAUCUCUCAGGGCCGCAAAACGUGAACCUGCAAGAAACAGGUCCACAUUGGUUAAAAUUUCAGGAAGCAUUAAUCCGUUAUGAAGAUUUAAACAAGGAGUCAGGUUCCUGCAACAUUUUGUGAGUGAAAAUUAGCAGCAACAACGUAACAGUCUCCGGAGAGCGAGCUAGCGAAGAAUCCUUGCUUCCUAAAAAUAUUAUGUAGUAUAUUAUAAUAAUAAUUUUUGUUUCCCC